AUGGCAGGCCGAUUACGCGAAAUGCGAUGCGAGUUGUCGUUUCUGAAAAACUCUGACGGAUCCGCAUGCUUCUCGCAGGGAUCCACGUGCGUCUGGGCGUCGUGCAGCGGCCCCGGAGACGUGCACGCUUCGAAAGCGAACGAAGAAGCGAUGACACUCGAUGUCAGUUAUAGAGCCAACUGCGGAGAUAAUAAAUUCAGCCCGGUAAGAAUCGGAAUACUUUCAGAAUGAAAUCCAUCGUGUUUUAAGCUGAACAGCAUAAUCCAAUCGACUCUUUCGAAGGCCAUCAAUCUGGAGUUGUUCCCGCACACCACGAUCGCAGUCACUAUUCAUGGGAUCCAAGACGAUGGAAGCAUCGGAGCGGUCGCAUUGAACGGAGCAUGCUUCGCACUUCUUGACAACGGAAUGCCCUUCGAGUAAGAGAGACUUGGCAUUUCAGUUACAUUUCAUUCGACCAUUUAAGAACUGUUUUCUGCGGAGUCUUGGUGGUCCGAGUGAAAGACGAAUUGGUCAUCGAUCCGACUGCGAAGCAGGAAGCAGCUUCCACCGGACAAGUGCUCUUUUCAGUGUGCAGAGGAUCCGACGGACAUCCGGAAGUGUGCUCGAUGGACGCCGUUGGUCCGUGGGAUUAUAUCCAGUUGGAGGCAGCCUGGUGCCUCGCACAGCCCUCCGCCACCGCCAUCUUUAAGUUCUACAGAAGUGUGAUGCAGAGAAAACACUCGGUUGACGAGCAAUGA